AUGUCGGUCGAGGAACAAGUCAAGCUCUCCAGCUUCUCCGACAUCUUCUCCCUUGAGGGCAAGGUCGCUGUUGUCACAGGCGGUUCCCGAGGAUUGGGACUGCACGCAGCUUCGGGUCUUCUUCAAGCUGGCUGCUCCAAAGUCUACAUCACUUCCCGCAAGAAGGAGGCUUGCGACGAGGCAGUCGCCGCCCUCAAUGCGCUCCCCAACAAGCGACCGGGCGCACAGGCCAUUUCGGUGCCGGCCGACAGCUCAGACAUGGCAGAGCUAGAUCGACUUGUCGCCGAGGUGGGUAAGACCACAGAUCGGGUGGAUAUCCUCUUCGCCAAUGCCGGCGCAACAUGGGGCGAGAAAUUCGAUACCCACCCCGAGAAGAUGUUCUCCAAGGUCAUGGAUCUGAAUGUGAAGAGUGUAUUCUACACAAUCCAGAAAUUUACUCCGCUUCUCACAGCAAAGGCAACCAUCGAUGACCCAGCGCGUGUUAUUAUCACUGCUUCUGUGGCCGGAAUCGGAAUUGGCAGUAUCGGCGAAUACGCAACCCCAUCAUACUCUGCUUCCAAGGCAGCUGCUAUCCAUCUGGCGAAGAAUCUGGCUGUCGAGCUUGGACCCCGUCACGUCUUGACCAACGCAAUCGCUCCGGGAUUCUAUCCCUCCAAGAUGGCUAGCGUGCUUAUCGAUGCAAAGGGCGGCCCGAAGCGUCUUGAAAAGUACUCUCCCAAUGGCCGUUUGGGCAGAGCCGAUGAUAUUGCUGGUUUGGUUGUCUUCCUUGGCUCCAGGGCCUCGAGUCAUUUGAACGGAGUGGUCAUUCCCACGGAUGGUGGAGCUUUGCUCAAGGGGAGACUAUAG